CCUCUUUUUUUUUUGGAAUAGGUGCGUACCCCUACUAUUUUUUUUAUUUACAAUCUCUUGUUUUCUCUUUCUCUUCUUUUUUUGUGGGAUACGGUACAUUUUCUUAUCAGCUUCGAACAUGACUCUACUCGACAUUACAUUUUUAAAAAAAAAACAUCUCUGAAAAAAAAAGGACGGGUGGCUUGUACAGUCUGACUUUUUUUUUUUUUUUUUUUUUUUAAAUGUAAAAAAUAAGGAACCCCUCCCCCCUUUGAAUAUAAAAGAGAAAGAGAAAGAAACAAAAGAAAUGUGGUUUUCGCGUGACAGCUUCAACUAAUGCUUGUUUUUAUGUUGUAAUAGCUAUAUUAAAAAAUGAACGCUGAUAAACUCGCCAAGCUCCAAUCUCAAGUCCGUAUCGGUGGUAAGGGUACUCCCCGUCGUAAGGUCAAGAAGGCCGUUAACAAGGCUGGUUCCGGUGAUGACCGUAAGCUCUCUGCUGCCCUUACCAAGUUGAACGUUCAACCCAUUGCUGGUGUUGAUGAAGUCAACAUGUUCAAGGAUGACGGUAAGGUUAUCCACUUCAACAACCCCCGUGUCUCUGCUGCCGCCAAUGCCAACACCUUUGCCAUUCACGGUCGUUCCACUGAGAAGGAAUUAGCUGAGCUCAUUCCCGGAAUCUUGAACCAAUUGGGUCCUGACUCCAUGGCUGCUCUUAAGAAGCUCGCCGAGUCUUUCCAACAAGCUCAAGGUGAAGGUGCCGCUGCUGCCGGUGCUGACGAUGAUGAGAUCCCCGACUUGGUUGAGUCUUUCGAUAAGGCUGAGAUUGAGGAGAAGAAGGAAGAGGCUUCCGCCUAAGUUCCUCCAAUUUUUCAACUUGUAUAAAUUCUCUUUUUUUUUUGUCCAAAAAAAUAAAUACAUUUUCUAUACACACGCACACU